AUGGAUUUGCUCCGUGUUUGCGUUUUGUGCGCUGCUGCUUUCGUCACCGUCUCCAAGGCUUUUACGCACAACGACAUGAAGGAUGCCCUGCUUCAAAAACUUGGGCUGGAUGAUGUUCCGAAAAUUCACAAAAGGGAUUUGGAGAAUCUUGUCAUCCCGACGCACAUUAAGAAUAAAUACCUGUCAAUGCUGAAGCUGCACCACGACAGGCGGCGCAGGUCUCUGCCGAGUUUGGCGGGAAUCCUGAGGGGAAUUCGAGGAAAUGCAGAUAUCUCUGGGGAGUUUGUGUACUCGGACACCACUCGGCAACGGAUGGUCUUCGAUAUGGAUACCCGCAUCCCCCAUAACAGCGAGGUGACCAUGGCCGAACUGAAACUGUACAAUAAAGCCCCUAACAAGCGCUCCAUGCCCGAGAGGAGGAACCACCGGCCAGUCAACAACGCCAGAGUUUCCAUCUACUGGGUAGAUAUGCUGGAAAACGGCUCUAACAGAACCUCUCUGGUGGACUCACGGUUGAUCCCCAUCCAUGAGACCGGCUGGAAAAGCUUUGAUGUCACGCAAGCUUUGCACUAUUGGUCAAAGACGCAGCAAAAAACACCUAUGCACCUGGAGGUGUGGAUCGAGGGCGAGAGACCUGGCAGCUACGCAGCAGAAAUAGCCAAGAGUGUCCACUUUACCACCCAGGACCAGGCGGACAACACCUUGGGAAAACCUGAGCUGGUCCUCUACACGCUCAACCUCGAAGAGUUUGGGUCUCGAGGCGACUGUGAAAACAGCCCAGAUAAGGACACGUGCUGCAGAGAUAAAUACUUCAUCAAUUUCCGCGCGCUCACGUGGACCCAGUACUGGAUCAUCGAGCCAGCGGGAUACCAGGCCUACAGAUGCGCCGGGGGAUGCAAGCAGCCCAAGCGCAACUAUGGCUACGGGGAGAGGAAGUGUAGCAUCGCAGAGAGCGCUCCGCUGCCAAUUAUGUACCUGGUCAAGAAGGGCGACUACACCGAGAUAGAAGUGGCCGAGUUCCCCAACAUGAUCGUGGAGUCAUGUGCCUGCACUAUGGACAACGUCUCCAUAGUUUGAAGUUAAGUGUUUGGGACUGGGCAGGGCAGGACACCUCCAAAUGGACUUACAGUACUUUUCUAUUUAAAAUAGGAAUUCUCAGGGAGAGUUGCAGGCCAUAAUAAGAGGGAGCAUGGCAGAUCUCUUGAGAUAAACUAACCAAGCACUUUAUUAUAUUUUGUAAAUAAUUCAUUCAUAAG